AUGCGCUUCAACGGAUCAGCAUGGCAGGUGCCGAAGCCAGGGAUGCCGGUUGGAGUUCCUUCGGACCACUUCAAUGGAGCGAGACGUGAAGGGAAGAGCGCACAAGGCAGGCAGGAGAGCUCCUCCUCUCCUCCUCACGUCAGCCCCGCGCACCCUAAGCCAUCCGCAGCAGCGUUCGGGGAGAGAUCAUCUCCCGCGUUCUUCCACCAAGUUCAGCUGGAGGAGGGCAACAACAUGACCGCAAGGUGCGUCGUCAUGAACGCAGCGGGGGAGAGGCCGAUCAUCUGCCUCCAUCCCGUUGAGCGGGACAUUCACGUCAGCGGCGAGCUCAUGAGGAAGGGAGUGUGGGAGGCGCAUCUAGUGCACCACUUCAUCAAGAUGCUCAAGAGCAACAGAGACGCGGUUGUCAUUGAUGUUGGGGCUCAGUUGGGAAUGUACAGCCUGCUGGCGGCGAAGAACGGCCACCGGGUGCUGAUGGUGGAGCCGCUGACGUCCAACGUCGACCGGAUCCUCCUGUCGCUGAAGAAGAACGGCAUGUCGAGCCGGCUGAACCGAGACGUGCUGCUGUUCAAGAACACGGUAGCUGAUGUCGCUGGGAAGCAGUUCAAAACCGUCACGUCGAUCGCCGACAACGUAGGGGGGACGCAGUGGGGGGAGGCAGGGGCGAAGGGAGGGGACACGGUGACGUCCAUCACGCUGGACAUGCUGCUGCCAAUGCUGACAGGCAGCAAGUCGCUGCUGAUGAAGCUGGACAUCGAGGGAGGAGAGUGUAAGGCGAUACAGGGAGCUCGAGAGCUGUUCGCGGGCAAGAGGGUGAUGGCCGUCUUCAUGGAGUUCGGCCAGCUGAAGCAGCAGAUUGGGAGGUUGUCGCCCUGCUCAGUGAGCAGCUCGAUGCAGGUGCUGCAUGACAGCGGGUUGACGCCGUUCGAUCCCUCCGGGGGCAAGCUGAGUUGCUGUCAAGAUACCGAUAUGAGGAGGUGGGGAUGGGACGUGAUAUGGAGGCGAGUGUAG